AUGGGUAGUGUUAAUCUUCCUCCUGGUUUUCGAUUUUAUCCAAGUGACGAAGAGCUUGUAGUACAUUUUCUUCAUCGUAAAGCAGCUCUUUUACCUUGCCACCCAGAUGUCAUCCCGGAUCUUGAUCUUUUUCCUUAUGAUCCAUGGCAACUCGAUGGAAAAGCGUUGUCGGAGGGUAAGCAAUGGUACUACUAUAGCAGAAAGACACAAAACAGGAUUACCGAUAAUGGAUACUGGAAGCCGAUGGCCGGCCGAGUUGAAGAACCUGUGCUUACAAGUGACGACAACGAAAUAGUUGGAAUGAAGAAAUAUUUUCUGUUUUAUACAGCUGAAGGCAUCAAAACUAAUUGGGUAAUGGAAGAGUACCGACUCUCAGAACAAUGCACUUCUGCCUCUACUAGAUCCUCCAAAACAAGAGGCCGUCCGAAACAACGAGAUUGUGAUGAGGAAGAUAGUGGACCGGAACUCUCAUGCCUAGAUGAAGUUUUCUUAUCAUUGGACGAUCUCGAUGAAAUAAGUAAAGAAGAUUUGCUUUUAAUGUUGAGCAAAGGCAAAUCUAAAGUGGAAGGAAUAAGUGGAAUUCUAAAAGUUUGUGAGAAAUUUGUAAGAAAUUCGAUGGAGGAUUCUAAGGCUAUGGAAGGAGGCCUUGAGGGAGAUUUCAGCAUCAAACCUAAAGCAGAAGAGAAUCUCGAUCCUGCCGACUUCGUUGCCACAUCUGAUAAGGAAGACUGGAAAACUAGCAGCUCAAGCUCUUAG